GCUCAACGGUACUAUUCUUAUUACUGUUGAUAUUGAUAAGCCUUAUCAUUUUGACAUUUAACCUGAGUUGUGUUAUCUAACCUUUCGUAGUAUUGAUUUUGUAAUUUACGAAAUAAUAAUGGCAUAUGACUUAAAACGGGAAGAGGAAGUAAAAGAGUUCGUUGAGAACCUUGGAAUUGAAUAUCGGUUUGGAUGUUACAAAGAAAAAAAGCCCGAAGUCUGUCAUCUUCUCGCGGACUAUUUAGAAGCCAUUAAAAAAGACUUCGAUAAAGCGGCUAAAGUAUAUAAAACUAACUGUUCGGAAUACAAUUACGGGAAAUCAUGCUUAAAAUACGGUAAUUACGCGCUGAUAGGACGAGGUCGAGAUAAAAGUGAUCCACAGGAAGCGUUGAAAUAUUUCGAAAAGGGUUGCGAGUUAAAUGACCCUACAUCGUGUCUUCACGCUGGAUUGCUACUAACCGCUACUGGCCCUGCUAUUACAGUCCAGCGAGAUGUCCCUAAAGGUUACAAUUAUCUUAAGAAAAGCUGCGAUAACAAUGAAGCUAUGGCGUGUCACUAUUUAGCGGGCAUGUAUCUUAGCGGAGUACCAAAGAAUCCAAAAGAAUACAAUCCUCAUAAUCCAGAGAAAAACGCCAACAUAGAUUUCCUAAUUAAACCAGAUCUAAAACAAGCAUUUCAGUUUGCAAAGCGUGGAUGUGAAUUAGGCAAUGUUUUUGCCUGUGCAAAUGUCAGUUUGAUGUACAAGAAGGGUGAUGGUGUUGAGAAAAACGUAGAAGAAUCAAAGAGAUAUUUUGAAAUAGCAAAAAAUCUACAAAAUGCUCAUGAAACUACAAAGGAACUCAAAUUUCAACAAGGUCUUGACAAUAAAUAAAAUGUAUGCUAUGAAUGUAUUGUUAAAAUGAAACUGCAUUUGUUUUUUUUUAGCAGAUAUAGUGUGUAUUGUUUAAUAAAAUAAAAUAUGUGAUGAUGUU